AUGAGCUCAGCUCAAAAGCUCACCAAGAAGCAGAAGAAAGCGCUCGCCUUCCGCGAGCGCAAGGGCAAGAGCAAGGCAAAGGUAGAAGACGAAGACGAAGACAACGAUGUUCCUGUCCUCGAAGAGCAAGAUACUCUGGAGGCUGAAGGUGCGGCUGGCGCUGUGGAGGAUGAGGCGAAACCUGCGCGGCAUGCAGCUACAGCACGCGCGAAGGAUGAGGGCGUUCUGGGCAGCGAUCAGUCUACGAAGCCUAAGAAACGGAAGCGGGAAGAGGAGGGCGAAGCGGCGCUCGACGAUGGCGCAAAGCAGAAGCAGAAGAAAAAGAAGCGGAGGGUCGCUGACGGCGAAGAUGGCGCUGCUGUCGCCGACGGGAUCAAACAGGAAGCAGGGGAGCAGGACGGUGAGGGGAAGGGGAAGACAAAGCAGCGGUUUAUCCUUUUUAUCGGGAAUUUGAAGUACACUACGUCCAAGGAAGCGAUAGAUAAACAUUUCUCUGCGUGCGACCCACCACCUACAGUGCGACUGCUUACACAGAAAGCCACGCCGAAUGGCAGGCAAGCCACAAAGUCAAAGGGCUGUGCGUUCUUGGAGUUCACGGUAAAGAGUGCACUCCAACAAGCUCUGAAGCUACACCAGUCCGAGUUGGAUGGGCGCAUGAUCAAUGUGGAACUCACAGCGGGGGGCGGUGGCAAGAGUGAGACUCGUAUAGAGAAGGUGAAGAAGCGCAACAAAGAGCUUCACGAACAGAGGCGGAAACGUCUCGAGAAGGAGACCAAGAAACCUAAAGCGGAUGUGGAUGCAGGCUCGAUGCAUGUACCGAGGCCACAGCGAUAUUCAGCGACCUCUGGCGUCGAACAAGUUCCUUUGAAGAAACGGACAUGGACCAUAGGAGAGCCAGACGACGAAGAUGCGGCAAAGAAGUCAAAAAAGAGAGGGAAGCGUCCGCCACGCGCGCUGGGCACAGGUGUCAAUGCGAUCCCUGUCGGUUGA